GCACUCUUCUGUGCGGUUCCUGAGAAAGGAUUGGGCUCUCCUGGGCUGCCCCAUAAGAGCUGUCGUUCGCUCAUCUUCUGUCUGUCAGGAUUUUGGUCAGCUGAAAGGGGAGAAGGGCAGAGACCCUAUCAAAGAUAUGCGACUAAGGAUUCCAUGUAACCUUGAACAGAUACCAGGGCCUCCAGACUUCUAUGGGAAAGGCCACAGUUCAGUGGCAUAUCACAUGUUUUGUAUGCAGAAGAUCCCAAAUUCAAUAUGUAGCAUCUCCCUGCAGAGCUGAGAAAGACUCUAGUGCGAAAAACUACGGAGCUGCAAGUCAGUAACCACAAUACUGAGCUGAAUGGACCAAUGGUCUGACUCGUUAAAAGGAAGCUUUCUAUGUUCCACCUUGGGUAAAUAAUAGCCUCAAAGAGAGUCCGAGGCGGCGGCAGCGGCGAAACACAUGGUCUGGCUUCUCAAACUUGCUGAAGGAAGCCCGGCAAGUUUACAAGGCAAGAGACGAAAACAGAGACGCGAAGGGCUCUUAUUGUGGCAGGUCAAAAAACGCUGGAGCUGGCCCAAUAGCUGGGAGAGACACGAGGCCAAAAUGCAAAGACUGGGAAACUCUUUGGAUGAUGCAUUUCUGUAGUAUUUCAUCAACAUUAUAGGAUUGAGAAUGGAUAAGUGUAAACAUGUAGGACGACUUCGGCUUGCCCAAGACCAUUCCAUUGUGAAUCCUCACAAAUGGCAUUGCAUGGUAUGCAAUACUACAGAAUCUGUAUGGGCCUGCCUCAGCUGCUCACAUGUUGCUUGUGGAAGAUACAUUGAAGAACAUGCACUAAAGCACUUUCAGGAAAGCAAUCAUCCAGUGGCAUUGGAAGUGAAUGAGCUGUAUGUUUUCUGCUACCUUUGUGAUGACUAUGUUCUUAAUGAUAAUGCAACUGGUGACUUAAAAUUGUUGCGAAGUACAUUAAGUGCAAUCAAGAGUCAAAAUUAUGACUGUACUACUCGUAGUGGCAGGACUUUGCGAUCAAUGGGCACAAGUGAUGAUAUUUCACAUAAUAACGCUCAAGCUUUGCUUCGUAAUCAAGACCGCAUGUUCACAGCUCUGUGGCACAGGAGGCAUGCAUUAAUGGGCAAAGUGUUUAGAUCUUGGUUUGAACUGACACCAAGUGGGGAAAGGGUUUUAGAAGAAGAGAAGCUAAGAGAAGAAGCAGAAGAAAGAAAAAUCAAUGCUAGGAAGAAAAGAGAAGAACGAAAACGCCAGUUGAAAGAAGAAAUGGAAAAAAUGCCUCCAAGAAAGAGCUUUCGCUUACAAAAUCAGAAUAAAGAAUUCUCAAAUAUAUCACUCUAUGCACUAAAAAUGUCACAGAACUUGGACUCUGCUGUAGAGCUGAAAGUAACAGCUACCUCAGAUGAUGUUAAAUUAAAAAAAAUUAAUGACUCUCCAAUUAAACGAAGGCCUACUGUGACUCCUGGUGUAACAGGAUUACGAAACUUGGGAAAUACAUGCUAUAUGAACUCUGUUCUUCAGGUAUUGAGUCAUUUGCUCAUAUUUCGGGAAUGUUUUUUAAAACUUGAUUUAAACCAAACUCAAGAAUUGUUAGCUGCUGCAGCCAAUGGCAAAACAAGAUCAUCUUCUAAGCAUUCUCCAACUGCUGGCUCUGUUUUUUAUGUGAACAAAAGCCAAUUUAAGGGCAAGGCAUCUUCUGCAAGACGAUCUAGCGCAUCAUCAGGCUUGAGUGGUGGAGCAUCAAAUAGUAGAAAUAUGGAACUUAUUCAGCCUAAGGAACCAAGCUCAAAGUACAUUUCUCUUUGUCAUGAGCUACAUACUUUGUUUCAAGUCAUGUGGUCUGGCAAGUGGGCUUUGGUAUCUCCUUUUGCCAUGCUCCAUUCUGUGUGGAGACUAAUCCCAGCCUUUCGUGGUUAUGCCCAACAAGAUGCUCAGGAAUUUCUUUGUGAACUUUUGGAUAAAGUACAGCAAGAAUUGGAGAUGGCUCGGACAAAAUGCCUAGCCCUCAUUCCUACUUCUCAAAGGAAACUUAUUAAGCAGGUUUUGAACGUUGUCAAUACCAUUUUUCAUGGACAGCUUUUAAGUCAGGUAACUUGUCUUGCAUGUGACAAUAAGUCAAAUACUAUAGAACCCUUUUGGGACCUGUCACUGGAAUUUCCUGAAAGAUACCACUGCAACGGAAAGGAGACAAGCUGUCAGUAUCCAUGCUUGUUAACAGAAAUGUUGGCCAAGUUUACAGAAACGGAAGCAUUGGAAGGAAAGAUAUAUGCCUGCGAUCAGUGCAACACAAAACGAAGAAAGUUUUCUUCUAAGCCCAUUAUACUCACAGAAGCACAGAAGCAACUUAUGGUAUGCCAGCUACCUCAAGUUCUACGGUUACACCUUAAGCGGUUCAGAUGGUCAGGACGUAAUCAUCGUGAGAAGAUUGGUGUACAUGUUAGCUUUGAUCAGAUGCUCAACAUGGAGCCCUACUGCUGCAGAGAUUCUCUCAAGUUCCUUGUUCCAGAUUGCUUUAUCUAUGACCUGUCUGCUGUUGUGAUGCAUCAUGGGAAAGGAUUUGGCUCUGGACACUACACUGCCUAUUGCUAUAAUUCAGAAGGAGGGUUCUGGGUUCACUGCAAUGAUUCCAAGCUCAACAUGUGCACUAUGGAAGAAGUAUGCGAGGCCCAGGCCUACAUCUUGUUUUAUACCCAACGAGUUACUCAGGCAAAUGGACAUUGUAGAGUUUCAGCUCUUGACUGCCCAUCUGGAAAACAGCCAAAUACUGAGGUUAAUUGUUCCAGUUCAGACAGUAACAGCUAAUCCAAAGCCAAUUUACUAUGUACAGUACAAGUCUGCUAGUUGUCACUUGUACAUGUAGUAAGAUGUGCAGUAUUGUAAAUGUAUCUGUUCAUACCCUUUUGUACUGGCUAAAAAAAUUGUUUGGGGGAAACUGUUUAGUAUAAAUACUUGAUAUUGAUGGUAGGUAAUUUCCAAAAUGACUAGGAUGUCUCUAUAGCUAUUUUUUUUAAAGAAAAUUGCAAUUUGAAUUUUUAAAUCUUACCUCAAGCUGCUUUUCAGCAUUUUUAUAUUUUGAUAUUUUGGUGUAGAAAACAUAGAUGAGAAAUUUUGGUGAGCAACUUGUGUAAUCCUGGGUUUUUUAUAAAAGUUGUGCAUUUUAUACCAUGUUUGUUGAAGUACUAGUCAUUGCAGGCAUAUGUCUUGCUUCCACAGAAUUAAAAAAAUGAUGGGAUCAAAAGUAAAAACAUUUUCCCAUGUCUGUUUAAAAUUUACUUUCCCCUCUGAACUGAAGAGUCCAACUGAGAGCAGGGUACAACUUUUCUUCAUCCUUGUACUUGGUAAACUAUAUUAUCUGCUCAUUCACCAAGUCCUGGGGAAAACCAACAGGAGAUUGUGUCUUUUCUCAGCGUAUGCAACUGCAUAGUACUAGGGCUGAAUAGCUGGCAAAUUGAAGUGAUUUAACCCUCUCUGAGACAAACUAUGUUGUCAAUAAAGCACCCCAAAUCUGA